AAGUCAUUUUUGGUUAUUUAUGUAGAAAAGAUGGUGGUGACCGCGGCUUCUGUACGUCAACAGCUCACAAAUUUAGCAUUUUCUCCGGGCUCUCAUAAAGAUCAAGCGGAAAAGUAUCGAGCGAUUUUGGAUUCAAUACUGUUGUCGUCCAGCGAAGAGGCGAUGGAUGCUUUGAAGAUAUUCAUUGAAGCAAUUGUGAAUGAAUAUGUAAGUUUGGUUAUUUCAAGGCAAGUUUUAACAGAUGUUAGUAAUCGAUUGUUACUUCUCCCUGAUGAGGUAUCAAUGGCUAUUUCACAUUAUACAUUAGACAAGAUACAACCAAGAGUUAUAUCAUUUGAAGAACAAGUUGCUAGUAUAAGACAACAUUUAGCAAAAAUUUAUGAACGUAAUCAAAAUUGGAGAGAAGCAGCUAAUGUUCUAGUUGGAAUACCUUUAGAAACAGGACAAAAGCAAUAUACAGUUGAUUACAAGCUUGAAACUUAUCUUAAAAUUGCACGACUAUAUUUAGAAGAUGAUGACCCUGUACAGGCUGAAGCUUUUAUCAAUAGGGCAUCUCUUUUACAGGCUGAAUCAAAAAAUGAACAGUUACAAAUUUACUAUAAAGUUUGUUAUGCCAGAGUAUUAGACUAUAGAAGAAAAUUUAUAGAAGCAGCUCAAAGAUACAAUGAAUUAUCAUACAGAUCUAUUAUACAUGAAGAUGAACGUAUGACUGCACUUAGGAAUGCAUUAAUUUGUACAGUACUAGCUUCUGCAGGCCAACAACGAAGUCGUAUGUUAGCGACAUUAUUUAAAGACGAACGUUGUCAACAACUUCCUGCUUACUCGAUUCUUGAAAAAAUGUAUUUGGAUCGUAUUAUCCGACGCUCCGAAUUACAAGAAUUUGAAGCUUUAUUACAAGCUCAUCAAAAAGCAAGUACCAUUGAUGGAUUGGGCUCAACUAUUCUCGAUCGUGCUGUUAUAGAACAUAACUUAUUAUCUGCUAGUAAAUUGUACAAUAAUAUAACUUUUGAAGAAUUGGGUGCUUUAUUGGAAAUUCCACCAACAAAAGCAGAAAAAAUUGCUAGCCAGAUGAUCACAGAAGGUCGAAUGAAUGGUUAUAUCGAUCAAAUCGAUUCUAUUGUACAUUUUGAAACACGUGAAACUUUACCAACAUGGGAUAAACAAAUACAAUCUCUUUGCUAUCAAGUAAACCAAAUAAUAGAAAAAAUUGCUCAAACUGAACCAGAAUGGAUAGCAAAAGCAAUGGAAGAUCAAAUGGUGCAUUAAUAUAAAUAUUUUUAAUAUUAAAUAAACACAUACACUUACACAGAGACCA